AUCUAUACCAUAGCGUUGGUUUUGUUGACUUGGUUGGAGAAUAGGUUAUGAAAAUGGUGUAAAAAAACCCUAUAUUUUCUACAUUAUUUUGGAAUAUUUCUUAACUUGACCAGUAUAAAGUUAUUUGGUAGACUUCUUGCUCAUUUCGUCUUCGAAUUUGUCUGCUAAUAGACAAUGGCCAACUCACAAAGUGUUGCUUUAGCAUCAUUGACUGCAACCUACACUGACUCUGAGAAUGAAGACGAAAAUGAAGAACGAGACCCUAACUUAAGUGAUCAUUCUUCCAAAGAUAUUGACGAAUCGCACACCCCUCCUUUACCUACCUUAAUUGUCGACAACAUUUCUAAACCGACAAAAUAUUCAAAAUUAGUCUCGUACAAUGAUGAUUUGGAAAAAUCAGAAGAUGAAUUGGAGGAGGAAUCAGAAAAGCAAGUGGUUCAAGAAGAGAUUCCCGUGGAUCCUAAUGAUGUUCAGUUACCACCUGAACCGCAGGGACGAUGUUCAAACGAGCUUCAAGAGAAAAUCACCAGAUUUCACGAGAAGAUGGUGAACAAUGGACUGGACAUGAACAAAAUAAUUCAGCAGAGAAAAGACUUUAGAAAUCCGAGUAUCUAUGAAAAAUUGAUACAGUUCUGUAGUAUAAAUGAAUUCGGCACAAACUAUCCGCCAGAGAUCUACGAUCCUAUUAGGUGGGGACCAGAGUCGUAUUAUGAGGAACUAGCAAAAGUUCAAAAGACUGAAAUGGAUAGAAGGGACAAGGAGAGGAAAGAGAAAACUAAAGUGGAGUUUGUCGUGGGUACAGCCAAAAGGCCUGGUGGCAGCAGCAAUCCCGGAUCUGGAGCUGAAGACGACGCUAAAAGACGCAAGUCAAAAUGGGACCAAGUGGGACUGUCUGGGUCUUCGAUGUCGGUUAAACCGAUAUCUCUCUCUCAGCAAACGUACCUCACCACAUCCGCCACUGGCACCAAGGGAACUGUCAUUUCGGCUGUGGGUUCACUUCCGAAGAAGCCACGGCUCUGAUGUGUGUUUGGAUAUCUAGCCUAAACAGUGUGAAAGCAAAAACAAUUUUGAUCUUGGUUGCGAGUUAAGACAUCAAAUUAUGUAAAUAUCAAAAAGGUAACAUUACUGCUCUAUUAUAAUUAUCUCUAUACAAAUAAUGUACAGUUUGUGAUAAGUUUAAGGUGUACCUUGUUUACCAGCCUUUAACAAUAUUUAUUGUGUAGCCACUUUC